UUUGAAUCUUCUUCAUUGACUGAAGCUGGAAAUCCCUUCUCAAACCUUCGUUGACCUCGAAGCUUGAACGCCCUUCUUUCAACUCGCUCAUUCUUAACAUCGGAUCAAAAAAUGUCUCUCAGAGUUCAGGUAGCUGCUCUUGUCGGCACUCUGGUUACUACAAUCACUGCACACGGUCACGUCAGCGGCAUUGUUGCUGAUGGCACGUAUUAUCAGGGCUAUGAUCCGAGCUUCCAGUACCAGGCCACCCCUCCCAAAGUCGUUGGCUGGAGUUGCCCUCAAUGCCUGGAUAAUGGAUUUGUUUCCCCUGACAUGUACACUACAUCCAACAUCGCUUGCCACAAGAACGCUACCGCUGGACAAGCUUCGGCCAAGGUUGCCGCUGGGGGCACUGUCGAGCUUCAGUGGACUGCCUGGCCGGAAUCUCAUCAUGGACCUGUUCUUGACUAUCUCGCAAAGUGUGACGGUGACUGCACCACCGCUACUGCGGACGGUUUGUCAUUCUUUAAGAUUGAUCAAUCCGGUCUCCUCGACGACACUACCGUUCCCGGGAGUUGGGCCUCCGACAAACUUAUUUCGAACAACAACUCUUGGACAGUAACAAUCCCAUCUAGCAUUGCUACAGGGAACUACGUCUUACGCCACGAAAUCAUUGCUUUGCACUCGGCUGGACAGGAUAAUGGUGCUCAGAAUUAUCCCCAAUGCAUUAACAUCGAAGUCACUGGCGGAGGAUCUGCAAGCCCAUCAGCUGAAGCUGCAACGAAGUUCUAUACUCCAACUGACCCGGGCAUCUUGGUCAACAUCUACCAAAGCUUGACCUAUGAGAUUCCUGGACCUGCCCUCUUUAGCGGUGCUGAGUCUGCUCCAGCUCAGACCAGUAAAGCUACUGCUACUGGCGCGACACCCAGCGCCCCUGUUUCCACUUCGGCACUUGCUGUCUCCUCUGCUACUCCAGUUGCUUCAAGCGCUGUCACAAGCAAGGCCGCUCUCGUCCAGGUCACCUCCACUAUUGCCGUGACUGUUGAAGCCCCUACCACUACAGAAGCUCCUGCGGGCGGCAACACCACUGGCCCUCUGCCUUCUAAACCUCUCCCAGAGGGUAUCACGCUGAAGGAUCUUCUAGAAUGGCUCCAGUACUUCAUGCGCAACUUCAUGCGCCACAACAACCGCAAGCAUCCACGCCACUUCUAA